CAUUCGAACACACUAGUCUGUACGAGUGUAAACAAAGUGAGAAAUACAAGUUUCGCCUCUUGACCCAGUGUAGAAAUGCUUUGAAAUCCAAGCUCAGCGUUGUUGUUGGAAUAUUAACGAGGGUUGUUAUUAAUGGACUCAUUCUGCGUCCCUCUACCUGUAUGGGUUCACACUGCUCACCUGUCCCAUUUUCCACCACAUGCUCCUAAUUACCCUAACGCUAUAUUUCACUCCUGGAUAUUACCUGCAUAUGUAGGCAACACUACACUAAACCAUAGGAUUGAUUGCAUAGAAGUGUUUGUGAAAUCAAGAGAGUCACCAUGUCAGGGAAAGUGGAUCUGAAAGUCGUCAUGCUGGGGCAGGCUGCAUGUGGUAAAACAAGCCUGGUGGAACGCUUCAUCUACAACAGAUUCAACAAUAAUUACCAAGCCACAAUUGGGGCAGCAUUUGGUGCUCGUCGAAUGAAUGUCCAGGGAAGAGUAAUCUGUGUUGGUCUAUGGGAUACAGCUGGCAGUGAGAGAUAUCAAGCCAUGAGUCGGAUUUAUUACAGAGAUGCAGGAGCUGCUGUAAUAUGUUAUGAUAUAACUGAAAAUGAAAGUCUGGAACGAGCCAAGUACUGGGUAACAGAGGUGCAGAAGAAUGAGGAAAGGUGCCACAUUUACCUGUGUGGUACCAAGCUUGACCUGGUUUUGGAAGAGCCCCAAGUCCGGCAGCUUGAUUACCAUGAUGUUGUAGAUUAUGCUGACCAGGUUGGUGCCAAGGUGUUUGAGACAUCAAGCAAGUCAGGAGAAAAUGUUGAAAAAAUGUUUGAAGCUAUUGUAGAGGACUUUGCACGAGAUAAUGCUGAAGUCAUGGCCACUCUUGAGAAGUCCACCAUUAUUUUAACCGAGAGUCAACCAAAGAAGAGGUGCUGUUGAUAUGUAAGGCAAUUUAGCAACUGUGAUGUGUUGGUAUACUUUAAGGUAUAGAGUAGAGAUAAUGGUUGUUUUAUGGUUUAUUUUUUUGCCAAAUAUGAUCUUGUUUUUAGCUUAUUGUUACCAUACAUAACUUAAUGUUUUAUAUAAGAAUGGUUGUUUAUUAUUGCAGAUUUAUGCUAUAUACAAUGUUUUGUAUAAAUUAAUAUGUCCAUUAUUUUUAUCUGUUAGAUUUUUAUAUAUGAAGGGAUGAAACAGAAGUUGUGAAAAAGAGGAAAUAUAACUGAAGACUAUAACCUUAUGCAAUCUACGUGUGUGUGUGUGUGUGUUCACAUGUGUGCCCAUGUAUAUAGAUAGAUGAAGACAUAAAUAAAUAGACAUAUCACUCUCUCUAUCUGUAUAUCUGUACAUCUUUCCUUUUCUUUUU